UCACUUCAGCGAUCUGAGCGCUAAUUCCUCAUCCAACCAACAUGCGCUGCUACUUUCCCGCCACUGGGGAGCAGCAGGGAAACAGUUGAACCAGUCUCGUGUCACGUGACGAGGCCAGCAGCUUCAGCGUUAGCUCACUCAGCUAGUUAGCGGCGGGCUAACAAUUAGCAUUCGUUCAACAACACGGAAUCCAACACGGCUCUCGUCAGGAUACUUUUGUCGGUGUCUCCGUGUCCUCCUCGUCCUGCUUGCUUCCGCAUCUCCGUCCUUUGUUCCCGGACUGGUCCGUUAAACCUAAAACAUGUCGGCGGUCCAGCGGAUGAAAGUGGCGAACGAGCGGCACAGCAAGACCAUCACACAGCGGGGACACGUUCAGAAGACAUCGAGGCCUGUAAACGAUGACAAGUCUCCGGUGGGUCCGUGGCUGCUCGCCCUGUUCGUAUUUGUGGUCUGUGGAUCAGCCAUCUUCCAGAUCAUCCAGAGCAUCAGGCAGGGAUUGUGAUGACCUUUGACCCCCUGAGAGAACCUGCUGCCUGGAAGAGGGUGGGAGAUCUGUUGCCAUCUCAACCCCAGCCAUCAAACACACACACACACACACACACACACACACACACACACACACACACACACACACACACACACACACACACACACACACACACACACUUCAUGUAAAGUCCUGGGACUACACCCCCCUCACUGUAAACAAACCUCCCUCUCUCUCUCUUUCAGUCUUUUUCUAUCUUUCUGUCUCUCCGCCUCUCUCUUUGUUAUUCUAUCUCUUAUCAUUUACUCUGUCUGCGGUAAAUUGUUUAUAUUGUUUGUUUUUUAUUACUUGUCAUUCACUGUUUAUGAAGCUGAUAUCUGUUGAUUAUUGAUCAUUGUCAGAUGAAGUCUUAAAUGUUCUUCCUCUCAGUCGUUGAGCUGAUUUUUAUUCUCUGCUGUCCUGCAGCUGACUGAAGUUCCUCUUUUUAGUUUACACACACACACACACACACACACACACACACACACACACACACACACACACACACACACACACACACACACACUGAUCUACUCAAAGUGUGAGUAUUAGAUAAUAAAUAAUAGGUCAUUGUUGUGUGAUGUAGUUUAAAAAAGAGUGGUCCUGUAAAAAAGGAACUAAAUAAAUUAAUAAGGUUUUGGGUUGAUAACUUAAUUCAACUCAUUUAUUAUGGAAUGAACAAAGUUUUACACAUACAAGAAUACAAGGAAUUUUAUUUUUUCAGGAUGUUAAACUUCCUAAAGGCAUUUCACAGUAAAAGUGUAGUUCUCAUCUGCUUAGAGGUACUGUUGCUGUAUAUGUUUUAAACAUAUACAGCAACAGUACCUCCUGAUAAAACAAAUUUUGAAAGAAGUGAAGGACUUGCUUCUAGUUCCGACUAUGUGUCAUUUUGUUUUAAUGAUAUGACACCAGCUGUUUGCUCCUCACACCACAAUCGUUUUAGUCAGGGAGCUUAGAACAGUCAGCAGCUGCGGCUCAGCAGAGGUCUUAAAGCGUGGUUUAAAGUCUGGAAGGUGAAGGUGGACGACUCGCUCCACUUUUGUACCAAAUAAACCACAGAUAUUUUUCUCUA